GUGUGUGUGUGCGGUGUAAUCGGUGACGUAUGAGUAGACUAGACUCUUUACUGUACUCGUUGGGUCAGCACUGCAGAGAUUAGUUUGCUACACAGACAGGGAUUCCUGAACCCGAAUCAUGCACAUCGUCAUUACAACUAAAUGGGAGUGGAGCAGAAAUUGUGCAAGAUAUGGAUAGAUUCCGUUGGUCCUAUAAAUAUUGCGCGGUCGUUGCUUCGAUUCAAGUUUCCACAUAGUCCCCCAUUCCAUUAUAAUGCUGCUCGAGGACUCGGCUCUUUGGAACCAUCGUGGUGUGCUGAUUUCCUCACGUGGGUUUUCUGUUAAAAGUGGCGAGGCUGGGAUAAACACAGGAACAUUUGCAAACAAGAGGCAUUAGCGCGGGUACAUUUGUUUCGUUUUUUUUUUUGUUGACUUGCUGUGAUUUCUGAAGUCGAGGAGGAAGGUGUAACGUUAGGUAGUUGUGAUCCAGCAACAAACAACAAAAAAAACAAGCUGAAACAUGGGGAACGCAGGGAGUAUGGACCAGCAAACUGAUUUCAGGGGACAUAACAUGCCUCUGAAGCUGCCUAUGCCGGAGCCAGGCGAAUUGGAGGAGAGAUUCGCAAUCGUUUUGAACUCUAUGAACCUUCCUCCAGACAAAGCGCGACUAUUGCGGCAGUACGACAACGAGAAGAAGUGGGAACUUAUCUGUGAUCAGGAACGAUUCCAAGUGAAGAACCCCCCCCACACAUACAUCCAGAAGCUGAGGGGCUUUUUGGACCCGGCCGCCACCAGGAAGAAAUUCAGACGGAGGGUGCAGGAGUCCACCCAGGUCCUGAGAGAACUGGAAAUUUCAUUAAGGACCAAUCACAUAGGGUGGGUGAGAGAGUUCUUAAACGAAGAAAACAAAGGCCUGGACGUACUGGUGGAGUAUCUGUCUUUUGCGCAGUACGCUGUCACGUUUGAUGGCGACAGCGUGGAGAACAACCCGGAGAAGUCGGUGGACAAGCCCUGGAGCAGAUCCAUAGAGGACCUGCACGGGGGGAGUAACCUCCCGUCCCCCGUCAGCGGGAACAGCAUUACCCGCGCCGGGCGACACGCCACGCUACGUUACCUCCUGACACAGGCUGACAAGUCAAGGACACCGAGCUCUUUGAAAUGCCCAAAAUAUUCGCAAGGACGAUGUUGCAACGCGUUGCCGAGCCGGAGAACUCUGAAGAACUCCCGGCUGGUCUGUAAGAAGGACGACGUCCACGUCUGCAUCAUGUGCCUGCGAGCCAUCAUGAACUACCAGUACGGCUUCAACAUGGUGAUGUCCCACCCGCACGCUGUGAAUGAAAUUGCACUAAGUCUGAACAAUAAGAAUCCCAGAACCAAAGCUCUGGUGUUGGAGCUGCUGGCCGCCGUGUGUCUCGUGAGGGGGGGACACGAAAUCAUUCUCUCUGCGUUCGACAACUUCAAGGAGGUGUGUGCUGAGACGCAGCGGUUCGAGAGGCUGAUGGAACACUUCAAGGACAUGGACAACAACAUCGACUUUAUGGUGGCGUGUAUGCAGUUCAUCAACAUCGUAGUCCACUCGGUAGAGGACAUGAACUUCCGGGUUCACCUGCAGUACGACUUCACCAAGCUCUGUCUGGACACCUACCUGGAUAAGCUGAAGCACACGGAGAGUGACAAGCUGUCGGUGCAGAUCCAGGCCUACCUGGACAACGUGUUUGACGUGGGCGCCCUGCUGGAGGACGCCGAGACCAAGAACGCCGCGCUGGAGCGCGUGGAGGAGCUGGAGGAGAACAUGUCACAUAUGACGGAGAAGCUGCAGGACACGGAGAACGAGGCCAUGUCAAAAAUCGUGGAGCUGGAGAAACAGCUGAUGACGCGCAACAAGGAGCUCGACUCGAUCCGGGAGGUGUACAAGGACGCCAACUCGCAGGUGCACACACUGCGGCGGAUGGUGAAGGAGAAGGACGAGGCCAUCCAGAGGCAGUGCAACCUGGAGAAGAAGAUCCACGAGCUGGAGAAGCAGGGCACCAUGACGAUCCAGAAGAAGGGCGACGAGGAUAUCUCCAACCUGCCCUCGCCGCCCGCCCCCGGGGGCCCGCUGGUGGCUGGCGUGCCAGGGGUCUAUAACGGGGGCACAGUCAGCCCGAUGGGGUCGAAUGGGAUCCCGGGGAUGCCCGCGCCGCCCCCUCCUCCUCCCCCACCGCUUGUGCCUGGGACGGUACCAAAUGGGCCUUUGGCUGGUCCCAUCGCUCCUCCCCCUCCCCCGCCGCCCCCUCCUCCCCCGCCUCCCCCCGGCCCCAUGGAGGUGUCUGCUCCCCUGCCCCCGCCUCCACCCCCCAUGGCCCCCCCGCUCCCGGGCUGUGGAUCCCCCACCGUCAUCUUCAAUUCAGGGUUAGCAGAGGGGCCCAUCAAACUGUUCUCCGUGAAGAUUAAAAAGCCCAUCAAGACCAAGUUCCGUUUGCCCGUGUUCAACUGGGUGGCGCUGAAGCCCAACCAAAUCAACGGCACUGUGUUCAACGAGAUCGACGACGAGAGGAUACUGGAGGACCUGAAUGUGGAUGAGUUUGAGGAGAUGUUCAAGACGAAAGCCCAGGGACCGGCCAUCGACUUGAUCAUGAGCAAGACCAAGGUCAUCCAGAAGGGGCCCAACAAGGUGGCACUGCUGGACGCCAACCGGGCCAAAAACAUGGCCAUCACCCUGAGGAAAGUGGGAAAGGCCCCUGAGGAGAUCUGCAAGGCCAUCCAGCUGUUUGACCUGCGCACCCUGUCGGUGGACUACGUGGAGUGUCUGAUGCGCUUCCUGCCCACGGAGAGCGAGGUGAAGAUCAUGCGUCAGUACGAGAAGGAGAGGAAGCCCGUGGAGGCGCUGACGGACGAGGACCGCUUCAUGAUGCACUUCAGCAAGAUCGAGCGGCUCAUGCAGAAGAUGACCAUCAUGGCCUUCAUUGGCAACUUCUGCGAGAGCGUGCAGAUGCUGACGCCGCAACUCCAUGCGGUCAUCGCAGCAUCUGUGUCAAUAAAGUCCUCACAGAAACUCAAGAAAAUUCUCGAAAUCAUCUUGGCGCUCGGAAACUACAUGAACAGCAGCAAACGGGGAGCAGUAUACGGUUUCAAGCUACAGAGUUUAGAUUUGCUACUGGACACCAAGUCGACAGACCGGAAAAUGACUCUGCUGCACUACAUAGCCAACGUGGUGAAGGAGAAGUACCAGCAGGUCAAUCUGUUCUACAACGAACUGCAUUACGUGGAGAAGGCCGCAGCAGUGUCGUUAGAGAACGUUCUGCUGGAUGUGAAGGAGCUCCAGCGGGGAAUGGACCUGACCAAGAGAGAGUACAGCAUGCACGGUCACAACACCAUGCUCAAAGACUUCAUCACACACAACGAGGGCAAGCUGAAAAAGCUGCAGGACGAAGCCAAGAUCGCGCUGGACGCCUUCGACGAGGCCGUCAAAUUCUUCGGCGAGAAUUCCAAAACGACGCCCCCGUCCGUGUUCUUCCCGGUGUUUGUGCGCUUUGUCAAGGCCUACAGGCAAGCGGAGGAGGACAACGAGCAAAGGAAGAGAGCAGAGCUGAUGAUGAUGGAGAAGCUUCUGGAGCAGGAGGCCAUGCUGGACCAGGAGGACCAGAAGUCUCCGUCCCAUAAGAACACCCGGGGCAGGAGUCAGCAGCAGGAGGUGAUAGCUGAGCUGAGGAAGAAGCAGGUGAAGGAUACGGGCAGCCGCCACGUCUACGAGGGAAAGGACGGGGCCAUCGAGGACAUCAUCACGGUGCUGAAGACAGUGCCCUUUACCGCCCGCACAGCCAAACGGGGCUCUCGGUUCUUCUGCGAGCCGGUUCACAAUGAGGAGAACCAUUACUAAAGCUUAGAACUCUCUCUCUGAAAGAUCUUCGAAAUCAGCCUUACAGGAGAGCCGACGCGGUGAGGAGGAGCGUCAGAAGGCGCUUUGACGACCAAAACUUGCGGCCGGUCAACAACACUGAAGUUGUCAUGUGACGAGGGAACAGUGCAUGUGCUCAGAGAGGGGUGAAGGGGGGUGAUGUGGAUGUAACAGCCUCUCACUCUGGACUGAAAGAGAAAUGGAUGGACUGGAAGAGAUGGCUAGACUGAAAGGAAAGAGAGAUGGAUGGGUCUGAAAGGUCAGUCAUAGGGAACCUUAGACAAGCCAAGUGCCUGAAACGUACUUUUUAUGUGAUCAGUUUAAUUUUUUCAUUACUUCAAGCAAUGCAACUUGACCUGGCUUUAACUGUAAUUUCCUUUGAUGUGUAAAACUGGACUCGAACCUCCGUAGGGGGAAUUCCUGGAAGAGAUUUUUGUGAGAUGUGUAGAAUGUACGUGACACGGUUCCCGUUAUGCCUCGAUCACACCUCCCAGUGUCAUUGCGUUUUGGUACACCAGAAGCACAUGCAUUUCCAAUGGAGGCGCUGCGUUUGCCUUUGCCGCGUGGCAUUGGCAGUUGCAGUGCGCUCGAGUGUCGGUGUGUACGUCGGACCAACCAAACGUACGCAUCACAUUCUAUGCGUAGACGGCUUGACAGAAACGGUAGCAGAAAGGUGAAUGUGGAACUUCUGUUGCGCACAUAUCCAGAUGAGGCCGCGUACCAUUUUGCGCAUGACACUGCAGGUGUGUUCGAGGCGUUAGGCGUCAAAGUAUUCCGCCACAGGUGAUGAAUUUGAUAUUCAAUUGCAAGUAUCUUAUUACAUUCCUGGUGCUACUGCCAUUGCUCUUGGAAUUCCAACAAUGUGCUCGAGUGGCACUUAAAAAACGCAUUAGCUUUUCCAUCGUUGCUAAAGGGCUAAUGGCCUUAUUAAAGGGGACAAGUCUUAGAUUAAAUACUAUGAAGCAGUGAUCCAAAACUAAUAUGCUCAAUGAAAGUACUUAAGCAAGUAUCAGGUAGACUUCUGUACACCAACGUGUGACCACAGUUCGAGAAAUCGUAUCGGAAAUAAUAUAACUCAGAGAGGUGUGGCUCUCUCGAAAUGAGACCAGGCUAAUGUGAAUUGUGUAUAGCUAGGCCUCUAUAUUACGGUAUUAACAUCUCAUUCAUCGGUGUUAACAUGGUUAGUGGACCAAGUCGUGAAUUAUUAGCUCUAUCUAGAGAGAACUACAGUACCAGUCAAAGGUUUGGACACACCUACUCAAUCAAGAGUUUCUGUAUUUAUUGACUAUUUUCUACAUUGUAGAAUAAUAGUGAAGGUAUCAAAACUAUGAAAUAAUACAUAUGGAA